AUGGUUUUAUCCUCCACCCAGCUGCGCUGGGGACGAAUACUGGUCAUCCCGCUUGGGAUGCUUGUCCUCCUUUGUCAAUUCUGGCCUCUCAAGUCUAGUCAGCUAUCGAUUACACGAUCACAACGGGACUGGGCCUUGGAUGGCAUACACUCGAUCGAAAACCAAACCCUAGGUUUUGGAAAAGUCUUUGCUAUCAAUUUGCCCAAUCGACCGGACAAGCGCGACAAUAUCGUCCUGGGAUCGUCGGUCUGCAAUUUCCAAGUCGAAUUUGUUGAUGGCGUAGUGCCGGACGUGGUCCCCCCGAAAGCAUAUCCAUACAACUGGAAUCCAGACCACAGUGCGAGCGAAUAUGCUGCUCGCCGAGCUCAUUUAGAUGGAAUACGACGAAUCGUCGAACAAGGCCUAGGUAGCGGACUUAUUGUCGAAGAUGACGCAGAUUGGGAUUUGAAUAUCAAAACUCAGCUCCAAAGUUUCGCACUCGCAGUCCGGGGACUCCAGGGCACAAGAAACACCAAAACAUCGUCACCAUACGGUGAUGACUGGGAUAUUCUCUGGCUCGGGCACUGUGGAUUGGAAUGCAAGACAAAUCUCCCAUAUUAUGAGAGCGAAGAUGACCUCACUGUCCUCGAGCCUCGUCAUUUCCUCCCAUAUUGGCGCGACCCGCCCGCAAUCGAACGGUCCGACCACUCCCGAAUGGUCUGCACUGCCCAGGACGCCGUCUGUACCAGUUUCUACGCCGUGAGCUAUCACGGUGCACAAAAGCUUCUCGCCGCUUUGUCCGUCAAUCCAUCCGGCCUCGCGGAGGAGAUUGAAAUCGGCUCACAGAUUGACGUGGCAGUGGGUCGCAUGUGUGGACAUGGGUAUUUGCGGUGCUUUGCACCAUAUCCGGCCAUCACGGGUGUCUUCCGUUCCGCCGGAGCGGCAGAGAAAGGCUCGGAUAUUCACCAGGAGGGAGCAGGUGAUACUGUUGGCUUUGCUAGCUGGGGAAUGCUGUACAGCACCAUGUUGAAUGUGCAGCGAAUUCUCCGAGGACAGCCUGUCAAGGCCACAUGGGGUGACGUUGAAAAGCCGAUCAUGGUUCCAGAAAACAUCUUAGUACGGGAAGGAAAGCUGUACAAGAAAACUGAGAACGGGCCACAGACCAUUGAAUCCGUGGCUGUGGAUGAGCAAUAUCGAAGAACUGUACAUUUAUACUGA